AUGUGGCUGUACGCGGUGGCUUUGCUGCUGGGGCUGUUCCUGCUGCGGCGCUGGCACCGGGAGCGGCAGACGGUGCCGCGGCUCUCGGAGAAGCACCUGGUCGGGCUGGUGGAGGUGACGCUGAGCCUCCUGCCGCUGCUGCGGCGGGCGCGGGGCCGCGUGGUCAAUGUGGCCAGCGUGAUGGGCCGCGUGUCUUGUUUCGGUGGCGGCUACUGCAUCUCCAAGUACGGCGUGGAAGCCUUCUCUGACAGCCUCAGGCGGGAGCUGCGUCCCUUCGGGGUGCAGGUCUCCAUCAUCGAACCUGGAGGCUUCCAGACGGGAAUGAUCGACCCAGCACCGCUGGUGAAGGGCUUCGUUCGCCUCUGGGAGCGCCUCCCGGCAGAAGCCCAGGCAGCCUACGGCCGCCACUACGUAGACAAAUAUGCCAAGAGCACCACCCUGCUGCACCGCCUGAGCAGCUCCCGCCUGUCGCAUGUCACCGAUGCCAUGACACACGCGCUGCUCUCCCGCUGCCCCCGCAGCCGCUACGCCGCCGGCUGGGAUGCCCGGCUCAUCUUCCUGCCCCUCAGCUACUGCCCGGCCUGGCUGUCCGACACCAUCCUUGGCCUCUUCCUGCCCAUCCCGGCCAGCGGGAUCCCCUGACGAUGGCCACCAGAGCGCCAUGAGAUGUGGCUCAUGCCCUCCAGAACGUGCUCAAUAAAAGCGGUGCAAUGCUGGGA